GGGGACGCCGAUAGAGUGUCCCUUAUUGUUAACGAAGAUAUUGAAAUUCAUAGUUGUAAAAUCUGUUUAAACAUAAAAGCUGAAUCAACUUCGGUAACAAUAACACUGGACUCAAACUUGCUUAACGACGAACGUGAUAUUGGAUAUAUUUUAUGCAGGAAAAACAUUAUAUUAUUUUAUAUCUAAAACUGAUUCCAUUGGUUGAUUAUAUAAAGACAUGAACGCAGUGAUACUUUGAAAGCGUGAGAUUUUAAGAGUUUUUGUCAUAUAAAAACAUCAUUAAUACUGAUGCUAAUGACAUUACCACAUACAUUUCGGCAUACAGAGAUAUACCAAUUUUGCGGUAAACUAAGAAAGGGAAGAAACAAUAGUGAACAUUGGUUUGGAAUACAAAACAGACAAAGCAUUAUCCAGAAACGAGUGGUUUGAACAGAAAGAAGACUGUAUGAUAAUUGACACAUCAACCGAACGUGAGGUUUGCAACAAAACUAGACACGCAAAUGACAUCGGAGGCUGAACUUCUUGCAGAGCUUAACAGCAACUUUAAGUCGGCGGUGUUACCGGUUACUAUAUUCGUCGGCAUUGAGGUCGCUGUCGGCUUCGUCGGGAACCUCUUCGUGUUGUACGUGUUCCUUUUCCGGUACCAUGCCUGCAACUUCCGGUACUUCGUACUAUGUUUGGCGUUCCUUGACUUCAUCAGCACCCUUACAACGAUGCCAGGCGAGAUCAUUACGCAACAAAACUGGUACGCGUACCCAUUUCCGGUUUUAUGCAAAGUAAAAUCAUUUUUUAACGUCUACACCGUAACUGGCGAAGCGGUUUGCCUGUGCAUAAUAGCCAUAGACCGCUACUUAAAGGUUUGCAAGCCGUUCGGUUGGCAGAUUCAUCCGAGACCAGCUUUGUUCUUAUGUGGAUGCAUCCUCGUCGUAGCUGUCGCCAUGGCAAUUCCAGUCUCCUUUCUAUGGGGAGUGAGUUCGCAUAUAGAGACUUACAAAAACAUGUCAGUCAACGUCAUCGUAUGCGAGAAGGAUAAAAAAUACGUGAACUCCGAUGCUCCGUUUAUUUAUGUUACAACAAUUGAAGUUAUUAUCUCCAUUUGCCUUUUGGUUAUGUUUUCCCUGUACAUAUUUGUGGCCAAGAAAUUAAUACUCGGUAAAAGUAGAUUCCAACGGCGGACAGGGUCACAGAGGGCGACCUGCUCGAGUGACCAAUGCUCCAGUGCGGAAAAAGCGUUAAGUUCGGACAGAACUCGGUCCGAAGACGGGUAUUGUUCGACGUCAGAUGACCUGACAACGAAUGACCUGGACGGAAAAAUCAACGUGGAGCAGCCGUCAAAUAAUAGUACCAAAAGUAAUGACUUAUGUAAUGAAGUUGUCAUUGAGAUUGAAGACGUAAGUGUCGUUACAACUAACAGGGGAAAUCCGGGAAAAAUCGGCGAAAAUGCCUCAACGACAAUUGAAGUUGCGAUCGUCCUCCAGAGAGAAGACUACGUGAACAGGGUACGCCAAAAGACGCUGAUUAUGUUAAUCCUGACCACAGUUUUUAUUAUUACCGCAAUUUUGUACCUAACGUUACUGGCUUUCAUCUCGAGAUCAGACGACAUCUUGCGGCACAUGGACGAUCAUGGAAAGUCGGCGUAUUUCUUCUUUUUCCGAUUGGUGUUCAUCAAUCACGUGAUCAACCCGAUUGUCUACGGAUGUCUUGAUGAACAGUUUAAGAAAGUGCUGUCGGAUAUCAAACAGUAUGUGGCCACACAGUUCAAAAGCAGGACGACACUCUAAAACAUAUAUGUAUAUGUGAUGUUCAUACAAGUGUGCAUUAUUUCAUAGUAUAUUUAUAUAUUUAUAUAAUUAGAUGACUAUUUAUUUAAUUGUAAAGCUAACUAAUUGCAAUGUUUUGCCAAAACAAUUCAUGCAUGUGUUCACAACCACUGGGGUUUCUUCAUUACGUUGCUUUCAAUUUCGUUUACUUUAUCGUGACGCCAUAUGUUGAAAAUUAUUACAGAACAAGCAAUUUUUUCAAAAUUUAAAUUAAUCUGAUUUAAAAUAACGUGAUUUUUGCAUUUUUGUUUACAAAUGAUUGAUUUGCUAUGUUCGUUUGUAGUAAAGUCACUUCUUACAAAACUCGAAAAUAUGUGUGGCACACCGUUUUUAGUGCGUAUUUACGGUGGCAUAGAGGUGACAUUCACUCUUCUUUUUUUUUUAAUUGCAUUCCUCUUUUUCUAUCUCGUGCCCUCGAAUAAGUAACUCGAGGCUACGAGUUAGCUGUGUCGUGGCCUCGAGUUACUAAGUCGAGACAACGAGAUAGAGAAAAGAUGAGUGUACAUCUUAAUCUCCCUCGAGAUAGCUUAAAUUCUAUCCUCUUUUGUUUCAUGCACCCUUCCUUUAUUUACUGCACCGCUCUUAUUUUAUUUGCACAUCUCUGUUAUUUAGUUUUGCACUCCUCUUUUUUUCUAUCUCGUGGCCACGACUAAGUAACUCGAGGCUAUGCUAUAGCUAAUGGCCACGAGUUAGUAAGUCGUGGCCACGAGCAAGUCGUGGCUUCGAGGUACUAAGUCGAUUCCCCGAGAUAGAAAAAAGAGGAGUGCAUUUUAAAAAGAGGAGUGAAUGUCACCUCUUUGCCACCGCACGUAUUUUAGUCCCACCUAACAGUUUCCACGCGUUCGAAUAUUUGUGGUCAUAGAUUCUACAACCAACUCUUGCAUUUUUUGCAUAUCUGAUUUUAUUUCUAUCAAUAGUGGCAGAGUACGUUCAAUAUUUUACAUUUGAUGUGCACGUUAAUUUCUGAGACGCGCUUGGUAAGUCAUUGAACAGACCGGAGACUGUUCAAAUAAACCCUCGUGUGUUGGCUAUAAAUCGUUAAACAGUUUAAUGACUUCAACGCCAGCUGUGAAGUUGUUAUGAUCUGAAUUCGCGUAGUCAUCGUAAUUCACUAUACAGUAUACAGGAUUG